UUGCACGUAAAAAAAAUUUAAAGAGUUGUAAGGUGGGGAGAAAGGAGUUGCAAAAAAAUGAGGAUGGGAGAGAUGUGGUCUCAUGUAGGCUCGACCAUGGGAAGUUUGAUGUUCAUUUACGCCCUGUUUAAACAGUUCUUCCCUUAUCACCUUCAAGACUAUAUUGAAAAACAUUUCAAAAAACUUGUGAGUUUUGCAUAUCCUUAUGUUGAAAUCACCUUUGAUGAAUUCACUGGGGAACGCAUGAAGCGUAGUGAAGCCUACUCUGCCAUAGAAACUUAUCUAAGUGGCAAGUCCUCUGCCUCUGCUAAGCGGCUUAAGGCUGAUGUUGUCAAAGAUAGCCAGUCUGUAGUCCUUAGCAUGGAUUUUAAUGAGGAAGUCACUGAUGAGUUUCAAGGGGUCAAGGUUUGGUGGGCUGCAAGGAAAACUCCUCACAAAACUCAGCGAAUUUCAUGGUUUCCUGCUGAUGAUGAAAAGAAGUUUUACAAGCUCACAGUCCACAAAAGCUACAGAGAACUCAUCACGGAGUCUUAUGUUAGUCAUGUGUUAAAAAAAGGAAAGGCAAUUGCAACGAAGAACCGGCAGCGAAAACUCUAUUCAAACAAUCCUAGUCAUAAUUGGUACGGAUACAAAAGGACCAAGUGGAGCAAUGUGGUGUUUGAGCACCCUGCAACAUUUGAUACUUUGGCAAUGGAGGCAAAAAAGAAAGAGGAAAUCAAGAACGAUCUUAUCAAGUUCAGCAAGGGGAAAGAUUACUAUGCUAGUAUUGGAAAGGCCUGGAAGCGUGGAUAUCUCCUUUAUGGUCCUCCAGGAACUGGCAAAUCAUCCAUGAUUGUUGCAAUGGCAAAUCUUCUAGAUUAUGAUGUUUACGAUCUUGAACUUACUGCAGUCAAGGAUAACUCAGAGUUGAGAAGGCUUUUGAUUGAUACCUCGAGCAAGUCAAUUGUAGUGAUCGAGGAUAUUGAUUGCUCCCUUGAUCUUACUGGCCAAAGAGAAAAAAAGAAGAAGGCGAAAGACAAGGAUGAUGAAGGGAUGGAUCCGAUUGCAAAUAUGGUAAAUGAAGAAGAGAAAAAAGAGAGUAAGGUUACUUUAUCAGGGCUUUUGAAUUGUAUUGAUGGGCUUUGGUCAGCUUGUGGAGGUGAAAGAAUCAUCGUUUUUACUACUAACUAUGUGGAAAAGCUUGAUCCAGCUCUAAUAAGGAGAGGAAGAAUGGACGUGCACAUUGAAAUGUCCUAUUGUUGCUUUGAUGCAUUCAAAGUGUUAGCAAAGAAUUAUUUGAAAAUUGAAUCUCAUCCAUUGUUUGAAGAAAUAGAAAGAUUGUUAGGAGAAACGAAAAUGGCUCCCGCAGAUGUCGCAGAAAAUUUGAUGCCAAAGUCAGAUUAUGAAAAGGAGGAGACUUGUUUUGAGAGACUGAUUGAAGCUCUUAAGACUACGAAGGAGGAAGCAAUUAAGAAGGCUGAUGAAGAAGCUCAUGCAAAGGAGGAGAAAGAAGAAAAAGAGAAGCAGCAAUCUGAGAAAGAUGAGAAUGAGAAGGAGAAAUCUGCUGAUGAUGCCAAGAAGUGAAAGAGAAUGGUAUGGCAGAAAAAAAAGUGAAAGAGAAUGGUGUCAUCCAUUAAUAAAGAAGUGAAAAAGAAUGGUAUGGCAGCAAAAGAAGUGAAAGAGAAUGGUGUCAUCCGUUAAUAGAAGAAGUGCAUCUCUUUGUGCAUAUGUAACUACUAGUAAAUUAGGAUCGCAUGGAUAUCUAUUGUAUUGCAUUGGGUAUUGGUGUUUGUAUUGCUAUUUGUUGUAUUUGGUAGUGUUGUAUAAUGUAAUGAAUUUGAUUGUAAAAUAAGAACUCUUGGAUUGAUUUGUUCAUA